GCAAGAAGACGCGGUAAUGGAGCUCCUAAGGGAGUUAUACAAAUGUAACGGCGUUGUACCCAACGUUCAGGUGCAAGGAUUCGUCACAAGAUGCGACUCAUGUGAAGAACUACGGAAAAGCCUUGCAGAGCAGUUAUUGAUGUCAGAUAAGACACAAAUCGACCAAAUCCAGGAUGAGAUCAAUCAACUCAACGCAGACUGCGCUAAGCUUAUGGAAGAUAUCAAGAACGCGCGGAAAACAGCUCUCAGAAAUGAUAUAGUCCUGAGCCUCGCGCAACCUCAAGCCCCCAAUCCAGCUCAUUCCAGCCCUGUCGCAAAUAACGCUCACCAGGCGAAUGGGUCCAACAGUGGUCUCAGCGCAACCAUGUAUCACAGCGCUCCGAGUGUUCUCCAAGAAGGGAGCGUGUUUGGAACCGGUAA